UGCGAAUACUGCAUUUGCUAGCUAUUCAACCUUCUACUGUUUUGUCGACGACGAGCAGACCAAACCAACACACUUUUGUUUGGAAAACAGAAAUGCCUUUUGAAAUCAAUAUUGAAUGUAUAUUUCACAUGCUACUUUUCUUAAGAUGAUUGUUGACAGAGAAGUGCGAGGUUAUCUGAUUUCAAUAUGCUUCGCCUCAACGUGAAACUGUUGCUGUUUUUGGUGUUUGGCUUAGUUUUCUUAGCAACAUGGUCCCUUUGGAAUCGUUGUCUUGAUGGUCUUCAUCCUCCUGGUUGGGAUAACAGUUAUAAACACAAUGGAGAUGGACCACUUCAGGAUGUCUUUUCUGGUAACUCACCCGUUGCAGAUAGGCAGACAAGUGAAUUGCAAGGAUAUGAAGAAAUUGACUGCUUGAUUAAUGGUGAUAUUGCCCUUAAAUGCCGGAAAGAGGGAGAUGAAGUCUAUUUACCAUUUUCUUUUAUUCAUAAAUAUUUUGAGGUUUAUGGUAAACUAGCCACUUACGAUGGCUAUGAGAGAUUUGAAUGGUCUCAUAGCUAUUCUAAAGUAUUCUAUCCGAAAGGGAAGUAUGAACCUUCAGGUGUAUUCAUGUACUUUGAAAACUACAAUGUUGAGGUUCGUGAGCGUGUGAAAUGUUUGAGUGCCACCGAAGGUGUGCCUGUAUCUACACAAUGGGAGAGUGGUGGAUACUACUAUCCAACUCAAAUCGCUCAAUUUGGACUAUCUCACUAUAGUAAAAACCUAACAGAACCAGAACCCCGAAGAAAAGUUCUUGAAGAUGGUGAGAAAGAUAUUUCUCAUUGGUCCACCAACGGACUUGCCUCUUUUACUAGAGCUCAUGAUCCUGAGGCCAACAGCUUUGUUCUGCAAUUCCAAUCCUCAAUUGGUGGGUCUGUCUCUCUGAAGUUAGACCAUGUACUGGAUUUUGUCUUGAUGAUGGAUUUGAAGAUCUUGUCUAUCAACAGUAGUGUUACUGUUGCUUUACAAAAUAGAGAAACUAGGCAAUUGUGGCGGCUUCACUAUCUCUGCUCUCCUCAGCUUAUUUUCAUUCAGGACAGCAAGGACCAAGAUAUUUAUCAUGGUAUUGAAUGUGAUGAUGUCACCCCUUGGAUUACACUCAUAAGAGAUCUAGUUGUUGAUCUGCAGAAAGGGUUGCUGUUACAAAAUAAGGGAAAACGUAAGCUUCCUAGAUCAAAACUCAAGGUGGUUGGUAUAGCUUUACGAGGAUGGGGAAAAGUAGAUAAUGUUAGUCUAUCAUCCAGUGAGCAUUUGGCUCACUUUUAUGAUGCAGCUCGUUGGUUUGUAAAGCAUCAAGACCGAAAUACAGGUGGUUGGCCUAAUCCUGUGAAACGUAGAGUGGCUGCUGGUAUGGAGGAACUUGAACCUGGAUGGUACUCUGCAAUGGGGCAGGGGCAUGCAAUUUCAGUCCUUGCUCGCGCUUAUCAUCAUUCAGGCGGAGAACCCCAAUACCUUCAAGCAGCUAUUAAUGGUUUACGCCCUUUUAGAGUACCAAGUGAUGAAGGGGGUGUUUUAGCUCUAUUUCUAGGAAAAUUUCCAUGGUAUGAGGAAUAUCCAACUCGACCUGCCUCAUUUGUGUUGAAUGGUUUUAUUUACUCUCUGCUUGGUCUGUAUGACCUGAAAACCUUAGCACCCCCAGCACAGGCCAAAGAGGCUUCUGUUCUCUUUGAACAAGGCAUGGUCUCUUUAAAGAACCUCCUGCUUCUGUUUGAUACUGGGUCAGGAACAUCUUAUGACCUGCGACAUUUCACUCUUGGUACUGCUCCAAAUUUAGCUCGUUGGGAUUAUCAUGCAACACAUGUCAACCAAUUACUUCUAUUGGCCACAAUAGAUAAGGACCCACUUAUAGAAGUCACUGCUAGGCGAUGGAUAGGUUAUAUGAAUGGUAAACGAGCAGCCCACAACUAACAUAUUCUCACUUUGUAUGUCAUUACUUUUGUAGUUAAUUCUGUACGUCUUUAUGUACUUUUUGUUUACUUAGUAUUUUUUGUACUAUCCUUCGUUUUGUUGUGUCACUACUUGUGAUCUCUAGUGUAGUUUUGGUGUCCUUAACUUCUCAAUAUUCAUUACUACUUGUAUU